CUCUGGGUUUAUAGACUCUGUGGUGUCGCCUUUUUGUCUUCUACCAAACCACGAUAAGAAAUGUAAGCGUCCGCACAGUGCUUCGAAAUAAACUUAGCGAUUUCAACGCAUGCUCCGGUAUCAUCACUACUGAAUGUCCAGCUAUCUCUCUGUCGAUUGAAAAUGUAUAAACUAGAUGCGUUUCGUGUGUUUUUAAAUGAGCGUUUAACGGCGGCUGUUCUGGAGAUUUUCGGGGCAGUUGAGAAAACGGUAGUGGAGUACCAGGAGGAGAAUGAUCGGCUACGAAUAAUGCUGCGGAGGACACCAGAGAUACAACUAUGUAGAAUAGACUCCCUGCAGCUCUCUGUCUCUGAAGAGGAGGUUCCCCCUGAGCAGCAGCACUGUGAGCAGGAGUGGAGCCCCAGUCUGGGACAGAAGGACCCAGAGACCAAACAGAUUAAAGAGGAACAGGAGGAAGUCAGGACCAGUCAGGAGGAAGAGCAGCUUCAAGGGCUCUUUGAUACCAAAGACUCCAUAUCCACUACUUCUUGUGUGAAAAGUGAAUGUGAUCUGGAGAACCCAUGUCAAGAAGCCGUACUCGCUGAACACCCAACUCCCAGUCCACUGAAAAUGUCUAAACUACAGUUGUUGAGUGUGUUUUUAAAUGAACGUUUAACGGCAUCUGCUGCUGUGGAGAUUUUUCGUGCGGUUGAGGAAACAGUAGCAGAGUACCAGGAGGAGAAUGAUCGGCUACGGAGACUGCUGCGGAGGACACCAGAGAUACAACUAUGUAGAAUAGACUCCCUGCAGCUCUCUGUCUCUGAAGAGGAGGUUCCCCCUGAGCAGCAGCACUGUGAGCAGGAGUGGAGCCCCAGUCUGGGGCAGAAGGACCCAGGGCCCACACAGAUUAAAGCGGAAGAGGAGGAAGUCAGGACCAGUCAGGAGGAAGAGCAGUUUCAAGGUCUGGAGCCUGAUAUCAUGGAGUUCAUAUUCACUCCUUCAGGUGUGAAAAGUGAAUGUGAUCAGGAGGACCCACUUCAGUCCUUGACACUUCCCCAAACCCAGACUGUGGAGAACAGAGAGAGAGACUCUAAACCAGUGGAUCUCAAACCUUUUGCCACUGUGACCCACAUUAAGGAUCUUGACAUUCACUGUGACCCUACAGAUACACAAAAUAUUGCCUUCAGCCACAGCUCUGCCGUAAGCAGAGACCCAGUAGGACUCGACAGCAGCCCACCAUUGCAUCCUAAACCACCAUUGGAUCCAAACCCACCAAUGGGGGAACACGGUUCCAAACUCAGCACCACGUCUAGAAAAACUCACCACUGCCGUGACUGUGGUGCAACGUUUCCUCUGAAGGCUGAACUGCAGAGGCACGUGACUCUCAACAAGAAUAUAAUCAGCGAAUGCCGCUUCUGCAAUAAACAAUACAAUUCCACCUGUAAAUUGAAGGCCCAUAUCCAACUCUGUCACAUUGAGAUAUCCUGCACAUGCCCUGUUUGUGGCAAGACCAUCAAACACAAAGGAGAUCUGUCCAGGCACAUGAGUCUUCACACAGGAGAGAAACCAUUUGUCUGUGGUGACUGUGGGAAAAGCUUCAAUCAGAAGGGGCACCUGAACUUGCACAAACUGAGUCACACAGGAGAGAAACCAUUCAACUGUGGUGACUGUGGGAAAAGCUUCUAUCAGAAGGGAGACCUAGGGAAUCAUAUGCUGACUCACACACAACAGAAACCAUUUAGCUGUGGUGUCUGUGGGAAAAGCUUCUAUCAGAAGGGACACCUUACAGAUCAUAUAAGGACUCACACAGGAGAGAAACCAUUUAGCUGUGGUGACUGUGGGAAAAGCUUCAAUUUGAAGGGCAACCUAAGGAAGCAUAAACUGACUCACACAGGAGAGAAACCAUUUAGCUGUGGUGACUGUGGCAAAAGCUUCAGUCAAAAGACUAACCUGCUGACACAUGUCAAAAACAUCCACAAAGGAAGAAAACAGGAUGAAUAGUGAAAGAAUAAAGAAAAUGAGGAUAAAGAUGUUCUGUCAGAAGAUAGGAAUAACAGGCAGGAUGUGGACAACACUCGUAGGAAAGGAAAGCUACUCUGGAUAAUUUAUGCGGUUGGUUCGAGAUCAAUAGAUGGUGGUGUGAUGGAUUUACUAUUGUAAAACAUUCUAUAUGAAUACAGUUUGAUUUGAAUUAUGAUGUAAUGCUUAAACAUUACAAAGCGUUGUAGGAAAUUCA